AUGAAUUGGGAAAAGGGUCCCGUCUGUGGCAUCGACAAUUGUCCCUCGGACUUGUGGCGGUCGGCUGCUGGUCGUACCUUCUGCAGAUACGGUCAUCAGCGCCAAGACGAGUAUGAAUACGACAAUCAAGACGAAGGAGACCUGGGUGGAGGACGAAAGGUGACUAUAGGUUCGGUGAGUGCCAUGAAAGAUGGAGAGAAGGAGGAGCAACGAUGGUUUGGUUCACGGGUCUAUGCGCUUCGUGCACAAAUCUUCCAGGAGGUGCUUCGCUUUUACACACACUGGGCCAUGCAGAAAUUCGAUUUGGAUACCGACUUCGAGGAGGUGGUGAAGGAACUGUGGAGUGUCUUGAUCAAGUAUACCGACUUCGGACGAUCGUCUUACGACCUGGAGGGUGGAGUGCAUUCCGAGCCAUGCGAUACAGGUACAAGCACUCCACUGCUACUCUCUCAGAAAAUGGCCAUUGAAAUCAUGUAUUUGGCUCUCGUUCAAGUCGGCUAUCCUAUUUCAUUCAUUAAGAUACUGGGAUGGAUCAUGUCGGGGGAACUGCCAUAUGAUGAUGUGGGUGCAAGGUUCACUUCAAAAGAAGCACGUCUGCAUAUGUCGGGCUCGCGUUCCUGGUGUGCCUGGAAGAAACCACCAUCCAGCCAAAGUUUCGGGCGCGGAGUUCUUGCAUGUGCUAAGGCACUGGCAAGGGAAGGCGUCAUAAUCUCACAGCCAAAGAUAAUCCCAAUCAUGCACACCGUGGAGGUUCUGAUGCUUCCGUUGGGCAUCAUAGAUCGAACCAUAUGCCUUGCAAAGGGAUGUGAUAUUGAUGAGUACUGCGACAUGUCGACAUCCGGAGGGUUUAGUAGUUUUAUGGAAACUGCGAGUUUUGUAAUAACCGCGGCCAGAAUCGCCUAUUACAAGUCGUGGCAGAGUUACGACGAGGAUAUCAAAUCUCCAUACUGGAAGCUUUGGUCGGAAUUGGCUGAGAUCUACUUUCAAGACCCCCUCUACACUGACGAAGUGGACAUCCCGGCUUGGACUGACGAAAGAUACAACGAGUUUCUUGACAUAUAUCACCGGUCACUCAUGAUGAAUAUUGAACGCGAGCCUAUUCCUGUUCAAUGGAAGCGUGUCAACGACAUGUUCCCUCUUCAUACCCCAUCGGAAGAGCCCCUGGUGACUCCCACGGACCUUGCGACGAUUUUGAACGAACAAGUAGUUCCGUUACCAGGGCCAGCGCCAAAAGAAAUAGAAUCUUUUAAGACGACCCAUAAAGAACUCUUUCUCCAGGGACCUCCUUUAUACAUGGCUGUCUUAGAAAGUGCAGCCAAGGCACACAAUAUGUCAAUGCGCUUGGUUCUCAAAGCAGUUCGGGAGACUGAAUCUAUGGCUUGGAACAAUCUACGACAGAAAUUGAACAAGAAGAGGAGGAAAGAGAGGAUGGCCACCCGACUACAGGAGUGUCAGAAGCUAGAGAAUGAGAAAAAAUCAUUUACCUAG